ACACAUCUCGCACGUUUCCUCCGCUUCCUGUAAUUAAAUUUCGUCACUGUUUCUCACUGGAGAGAGCCUACGGACAUUUAUUUUCUCGGCAACCAAACAGAGCGGGGAAUCAAGCAAACCACGAACAAAGCUUACUCUAAAUGGCCUCACAGUUCUUUUGAAGCUUCUUCUUCGCGUUGAUUCCAAAAAUGGCUACUGCCGGUGCUGGUAGUUACAGAAACGCUAAUCACAGGAACUCUCUCAACAACAAGGUGGACAAGAACUUGUCUGUGAACUCGAACCCCAAAACCUCUCUCAAGUCAAAGCCCUCACUCCGCAAGAGCGCCCCCGCCUCCCUCGGUGGCGCUGGAAAAGACGACUCCGGAGUUGCGGGACGAGUUCGAGUGGCUGUAAGGUUACGACCACGUAAUGCAGAGGAGAAGGUGGAAGAUGCUGAUUUUUCUGAUUGUGUAGAAUUACAACCAGAGAUGCAAAGGUUGAAGCUAAGGAAAAACAACUGGGACUCAGAUACUUAUGAGUUUGAUGAAGUGCUAACUGAGUUUGCCUCGCAAAAGCGUGUUUAUGAAGUUGUUGCAAAGCCUGUCGUGGAGAGUGUUUUGGAUGGUUACAAUGGGACUAUCAUGGCAUAUGGGCAGACUGGUACCGGUAAAACAUAUACUCUGGGACGGCUUGGGGAGGAAGACACAGCUGAUCGUGGAAUUAUGGUCCGUGCUAUGGAGGAUAUACUAGCCGAUGUAUCUCCAGAGACAGACUCUGUGUCAGUGUCCUAUUUGCAGUUAUAUAUGGAAACCAUUCAGGAUCUGCUUGACCCUUCUAAUGAUAACAUUCCUUUCGUUGAAGACCCAAAAACUGGAGAUGUUUCCGUACCUGGGGCUAGCCUUGUAGAGAUAAGGGACCAUCAGAGUUUCGUAGAAUUACUACGGUUGGGAGAAGCGCACCGGUUUGCUGCAAAUACAAAAUUAAACACGGAGUCCUCUCGUAGUCAUGCUAUUUUGAUGGUGCAUCUAAAGAGAUCUGUCAAGGGAAGAGAUUCAAUUCUUUCAACUGAAAUAAGUAAUAGCUCCCACAUGGUUAAAACUUUAAAGCCACCUGUUGUACGAAGGGGAAAGCUAGUUGUGGUAGACCUUGCUGGUUCAGAGCGUAUCAAUAAGUCAGGGAGUGAGGGGCAUACCCUGGAAGAAGCCAAAUCUAUCAAUCUGUCUUUGAGCGCAUUAGGGAAGUGCAUCAAUGCACUUGCGGAAAAUAGUUCUCAUGUCCCAGUUCGUGAUUCAAAGCUGACUAGGUUGCUUCGGGAUUCAUUUGGCGGCAUAGCAAGGACUUCUCUGGUUAUUACUAUCGGCCCAUCUCCACGUCAUCGAGGGGAGACGACAAGUACCAUAAUGUUCGGACAGAGAGCUAUGAGGGUGCAGAACAUGUUGAAAUUGAAGGAAGAAUUUGAUUACAAAAGUUUGUCUAGAAGGCUCGAUAUACAGUUAGACAAACUUAUUUCAGAUAAUGAACGGCAGCAGAAAGCAUUUGAGGAUGAAAUUGAAAAAAUAACAAGAGAAGCUCAAAAUCAGAUUGCUGAGGCUGAAAGAAAUUAUGCAAAUGCACUGGAGAAGGAAAGAUUGAAGUAUCAGAAAGACUGCAUGGAAUCGCUAAAGAAGCUUGAAGAGAAAUGGAUGAUGAAUCAAGGAAAAGAUGGUGAUGAAACGGGAAAGAACUCAGAUGUGUCUACAAAUGAGGAAUUUGCUAGAUUGAAAAAUUUGCUUCAGAAAGAAACUCUCGUUAGAAAAGCUGCUGAGGAGCAAGUUAAUAAUCUUCAAAAACAACUGGCUCAAUCGAAAACUGCGGAGGCAUCAGGAAAUUCUGAGAUCUUAAAGCUUCGCAAGAUGCUGGAAGAUGAGAAAUUCCAGAAACAAAAACUUGAAGGGGAAAUAGGAAGACUACAUAGUCAAUUAUUACAACUGAGUUUUCAUGCUGAUGAGACAAGAAGAAGACUUGAUCGGGUUGAUCCUGAAAAAGUUCUAGGUGCUCUGGAUUCUCCCAUGCAUCCAGGUCGGUCACAGCUAAAUGAUCUAGAAAAUGGGGAAAAAACCUCAAUAGCCAAUCUCUUUGAGCAAGUUGGAUUGCAAAAGAUUUUGUCAUUGCUUGAAGCAGAAGAUGCCGAUGUACGAAUUCAUGCUGUGAAAGUGGUAGCCAAUCUGGCCGCUGAAGAAGCAAAUCAACAGAAGAUUGUAGAAGCCGGAGGUCUUGCGUCCUUGCUAAUGCUUCUUAGGAGCUCUAAGGAUGAAACUGUACAUAGAGUUGCCGCUGGUGCAAUUGCCAAUCUUGCAAUGAAUGAAACCAAUCAGGAAAUAAUAAUGUCUCAAGGGGGAAUCAGGCUGUUGUCUAUGGCUGCAGUCCAUGCUGAGGAUCCUCAAACACUUCGAAUGGUUGCGGGAGCCAUUGCGAAUCUAUGUGGCAAUGAUAAGUUGCAAACAAAGCUAAGAAACGAAGGUGGUAUAAAGGCUUUGCUAGAAAUGGUCAGAUGCAGACAUCCAGAUGUUCUUGCUCAAGUUGCUCGUGGAAUAGCUAAUUUUGCAAAAUGCGAGUCAAGAGCAUCCACGCAAGGGACUAAGACUGGGAGGUCUUUUCUCAUUGAGGAUGGUGCACUUCCAUGGAUCGUGCAGAAUGCUAACAAGGAACCCUCGCCAAUCAGGCGGCAUAUUGAGCUUGCUCUUUGCCACCUAGCACAACAUGAAGAGAAUGCAAGAGACAUGAUUAGUGGGGGUGCCCUGUGGGAACUUGUUCGCAUCUCGCGAGACUGUUCACGCGAAGACAUCAGGACUCUUGCUUAUCGAACUUUAACCUCCAGUUCAACUUUCCAAGCAGAAUUGAGGCGGCUACGAAUAGAAUGUUGAUGAACAAGUGAAUUAUUGAAGUGGACUGGGGGAGAGUUAUAAUGACAAGUGCUCAAACAUAAGCUUAUAUUCUUUUCAGCUCAUCGGAGUGACCAGUUUUCAACAUAAGCAAGCCAGCAAUGCUUCUCGCUGCUAUGUUUUCCACUUUCAAACCGAGUUAUAUCGGAGUGCGUUUGGUAUUUUGUGUUCAAAAUGGCUAAUUGCAUCUGGGACCUUGUUUUUAAUUUUUCCGAUUUCAGAUCAUUGUUGUGUAAUCUGCAUAGCUAUAGUAUUUAUACUUGACUGACAGAAUCCAUUUGUGGGAUCAUAGUUAGUCUUGCAUGUAAUUUGUAAAUGAAAUUAUUAGAAUGAUAAUAGCUAACAGUAAAAUUAUUUCUUGUUAUGUAAAAGAAAUUCAGACGA